AUGGUUUCUUCAACCCCACUCUCCCGUGUGCUCGCUCUCUGUACCGUUCUGGGAGCCGUCACAGCAGGAGCCGCUCCACGCUCCCCUCCGCACGCUGCCCUUGCGCGCCGUGGCAACACGAUCCCUUCCGGGCCCAAAUUCGUUCUCUACAGCCAAACCCCCGUCACCCCCGUCCUGCCCGACCUCUCGCAGAUUCAAGGCUUCAACGUCUUCAACCUCGCCUUCCUCCUCUCCGAUGGCCCACACGACCAAGCCGCCGCCUGGGCCGCCACCGACCCCGCAACGCGCGCGGCCCUCAAGGCGCAGUACAACGCCGCCGGCGUCGCGCUCGUCGUCUCCGCCUUCGGCGCAACGGAGCUCCCGACCUCCGCGGGCGCGGACCCCGCCGCGCUCGCCGCGCAGAUGGCGCAGUUCGUGAAGCAGACGGACCUCGACGGCAUCGACGUCGACUGGGAGGAGGUCGAGCUCGUCCGCGCGAAGCCGGGCGUCGGCGAGAAGUGGCUCGGGGACUUCACGCGCGCGCUGCGGGCGGCGCUCCCGCAGGGGCAGUUCAUCUUGACGCACGCGCCCGUCGCGCCGUGGUUCGCGCCGGACUUCGUGCCCGGGGGCGGCUACCUCGUCGUCCACAAGGACGUCGGCGCGCUCAUCGACUGGUACAACAUCCAGUUCUACAACCAAUCGCCGACCCCGGGGUACGAAGACUGCACGAGCCUCAUCACCGCCGGCGGGGGCUCCGCCGUGCUCGAGAUCGCCGCCUCGGGCGUCGACAAGAGCAAGAUCGUCGUCGGCAAGCCCGGCGCGCCGCAGGACACGGUCAGCGGCGGCUACAUGGACCCCGCUGCGCUCUCGGCGUGCCUCGCGCAGGCGCAGGCGCAGGGGUGGGACGCCGGGGUCAUGGUCUUCCAGUACCCCCACGCGGACACGCACUGGGUCUCCGCGGCGAAGGGCUCCGGCUUCAAGCAGCCCGGGACUGCACCACUCAACCAGUCGGGUUUACCGCCGACGUUGAACGCCAGCCCUGGGCCAGCGAGCAAUUUGGCGCCGCCGCAGGAGACGGGGCGAUUGGGGAUCGUUGGUGCAUUCAUCUGGAUGGCAGCGUCCGUGGCAUGCAAGUUGGUAUCGUAG